AUGAUGAUGGAUAUGAUGAUGAUGUAUUUCCAUUUCCGAAUUGAAGAACCCAUCCUAUUCCGUCAAUGGAAACCAACUGACACCCCUGGAUACGUCUUCUCGUGUAUUUCUAUUUUUAUUAUUGCGUUUUGUUUGGAAUUAUUGAAAUUCGGAAGAAUGUGGAUGACUCGAAAACCAAAGAUAAUGACUGUAGAAUGUUGUUGUUCAACAAGUGAUGGGAUUUGGGGUAUUCCAGAGACUACAGUAAUAGAGCCACGCGACAAAGUAUCUAUUGCACCAUUCACAAUGGAAUCCAUCUCCGAUUGGAAGCAUUUCAUGUCGUCUAGCUUUUACUUUGCACAAAAUUUUAUGGAUUACUCACUCAUGCUCAUAGCAAUGACCUAUAACUACCCACUAUUUUUGUCCCUUUUGGCGGGUCAUGCUGUUGGAUAUUUUCUAGUUGGACCCCUCAUGACAAUAGAAGAAAGUGAAGCAGCUGGAACGUGUUGUUCCUGA